GAUGCUCACACAACAUUAGCGACUGGCUGAUUGAGAGAGCUAAAAUUGAAACCUCGGAGAGGAAAGAGCGAGUCUCCGAGACUUUCUUUUCUUGCACCCAGAAAGAACCUUGCGGCGUCUCUCGCUCCUCAAACUUGUCCAGGAAAGUCUUGAAGGAUUUGGAGAAUUUGAGCUAUAGAUCGAGGAGGGGGAGAAGGAAAAGAUUGAGAGAGACUGGGAUCGGCGAUGGGACAGGCCUUUCGGAAGCUCUUCGAUACUUUCUUUGGCAACAAAGAAAUGAGGGUUGUGAUGCUGGGACUGGAUGCAGCGGGUAAAACUACUAUUUUGUACAAGCUGCACAUUGGAGAAGUUUUAUCAACAGUGCCAACAAUUGGUUUCAAUGUAGAGAAAGUUCAGUAUAAAAAUGUGAUAUUUACAGUGUGGGAUGUUGGUGGGCAAGAGAAACUGAGGCCAUUGUGGAGGCAUUACUUUAACAACACUGAUGGUCUGAUUUAUGUAGUUGAUUCCUUGGACAGAGAAAGAAUUGGGAAAGCCAAAGCAGAGUUUCAGGCCAUCAUCAACGAUCCCUUCAUGCUUAACAGUGUCAUAUUGGUAUUUGCAAACAAACAGGAUAUGUUGAUGCGUGCCCCAAUUUUGCUUCAAGCAAUCAUGAAGUGAGAAGAUGCUUAAAAGUUAGACCAAAUCAUUUUGAAUCAAGUUGGUGGGUUCUGCUCCAAAAAAAUUUCAGAGAAGGGCUUCUUUGGAGUGGUCAAUAUAAAACGUACGCAGGUUGAUGUAUUGUAGACAAACAUGCAAUAUUGUGGUGUCCUAUGAAUCUUUUUCCUAAGACUAAGUUAGCUUUGUGGGUCCGCAUUUGUCAUCUUUCCUACCGUAGCUAAAUGCAUUGGUACUUGGUAAUAUAAGGUCCUUUCCUUACAAUCUCAUCCGUAUUUAUUAGUCUUCUCAUGACCAUCCUGUCUUUUGGUUUUGUUCUACUCUGUUGUUGGUACAACAAGUAGGUUUUGACUUAUGUAUUAAAUUCUUGGACCUUCACAGUAUUGCCUAAUUUGCUCAACCUUUCCAGUACAAGCACCUUAAUGAUGUGAUAUUUUCUGUGCUCAUCUUACUUUCACACGUCUUCCAUGUUGCCUAGAGCUCUGACCUAUAUAACAUUUUAUAUGUGGCAUGACCUGUAAAUAUUGGCUUAAGUUUGUAGAUUCCUUGAUCAACUAAAUCGUGCCAUUAUGCAUGCAUAUCUCCAAUUGUUUGUCUCUGUCUAUUCUCUUUGCAAAUGUCAUUUCUAUCUGUUUUUUUUAUUUAGCAUGUCCUUGUUGUCGCUUUUGGUUUAGCUUCAUUUAUAUUUGUGUUCACAUUUGGCUUGCAAUCAUUACAUGUUUUUCUUUUCUUUUUUCUUUCUUUUUUUUUUGGGGGUUGGGGGGUGGGGAAUCUACUUGAUUUUUAGGGCUUGAUCUACUAAUUCGGUCGAUCAGCACCACCACAUUAGCAACAUCAUUGCUUAGUUCAAGGCCUUGAGGUUGACCCAAGGAUGAACUGACACAAUUUAGAAUCCUUGUAUUUAGUUUUUCUCCUUUAGCAACAAACCUUCGCUGCUACCUCAUACAUAUUUUUAAUUUCUUACGAUUGUCUCUUAUCAUGCCUUUCAAAGUUUCCACUAAAUUACCUAGUGGCGCUUAGGCUUUUCCAAAGUUGCUACCUGAUUCCGGAAUGAGGUUUAAGCCUCAUUCUUUCACAUAUGAUAUGUAAUUCCAGAUCUGGGGAGCAGAUUUUAAGGUGAACUUUUACUCCUUGCUUUAAUCUGGUUUUGUAAAAAUGUGGAAUCUGUGAUGUGGAAGGCUCAAAUUUACGAUUCUGGAAUGAAUGUUGGCCAAGUACAACUUUUGGGUCUUGAUAAAGUAAAAAGAAUAGUCAUUUAAGUUUUAGUGAAACAUUUUCUUUUAGAUGAAUUUAUGGUGGUUUGAAUACAAGAAGAGGCAGUUGUCCCGUCAGACCACCACAAAGAAAUCUUGAUUCACUGAUGAAUUCUUAACCUGAGAAGUGCUGGCUUUUGAUUGUCAUGCAGAAAAUAUCAAAAGAAUAGCCCUUAAGUUCUCAUCUCUGGCCAAAAAUCUGCCUUUUGAUAUAAUCAAAGUUAGUACAAAGAAACCUUGGUUCACUGAAUCACCUGCAUUGAUACUUUUGAUUAACUAACCUUUUCAUCUAGAGUAUUCAUGUAUGGUCUCCAUCUCUCUCCUCUUGCUUUCUUUUUCCAAGUCUUUGUGGAACUACUAUGCACAAGAACUUUCUUAUCAAAUCAGAGAAAAACUCCAAAACACUGUAUCUCUAUGAUUGGCAAAGAAUGCACCUAUAAAAACCUAAGGACACUAAAAGUUAAUUUAUCUGCCAUUGAAUUUGAAUAUAUUCUAAUGGAACCAUUUAACCUGAUCUCUGAUCUAUUCCCCAUUAGUUGGUAGGACUGGAAUCCAACUCCAUGCAACUAAUGGGUCUGAAAUCUGCUCUCUUUGUUUUGGCUGCUGUCCAGGCAAGUUAUUAAAUCCUCUGGUGCGCAGAGUAAUUUCUGUGAUUCCCGUCUGCUCCCAGAGCUUAGAAUCCAAGAGUGAGGUUAGGAGUGGAAGUGGGAUUAAGGUUCAUUCGAGGGAUAGAUGAAUGUCUUUAUUUAAGUUUAAUGUAGCAUAAGGGAGAGAGUCAGAACAUGGCUUGGAACAGGUUUGACAUCAUAACUUAAUGAUUAAUGCCACUAAGCUUUUUAAGGAUCAUUUGUUUAGCUUCAUCUUUCUGCCUCUUACUAUGUUGCUCUUUCUAUUGUCAAAAACUGAUUUCCAGCUUAUAAAGUAUGCUUUUUGUUUCUUUAUGGUUUAUCUUUCCGUGGAUCAUGCUUAGACGUAAAAGGGUUAUCCCUUCUACUGCAUUCAUUUUUAUAAAUCUAUUAUCUAGGAAGAAAGUUGUCAUUAGUUUUUGGAGCAUGGUUUCAUGUAUCAACUCUUACCAACCGAUAUGGAAUUUACUGUAUUGAUCUGACUUGGUAACAAUAUGGUACAGGGGCUUGGUAUGCCCCCAUAAUGACGCAUGGUACAGGACCUACACCAGUGCUGUUUCUACCCCAACACCAAAUCAUGUGUGGGUGUGGGGGUUACCGAUUGACCUGCUUCAAUAAGUUACCACUAUGAGGUCCAAUACCAAGACAUCAAAUGUUGCAUUGGAGCAUGAUGGCUCCACAAUUCUUUAAUCUAUCAUUGAUGUAGGAGACUUGGCCAUGGGCCUUCAUUGAAAAACCCUUCUGUCCAUGCUUGCUGAUAUGGUUUCACAAGAAUGAGCUAGUUUGCAGUAGUUCCAAAAUUCAGCUGGAAGCAGAUGCAUAUGAUGAACAUGUGUCAGAGAUUCAUAAUAUGCUUAAUAGAUAGGUAAAAGUUUUGGCCAAGAUUUUUUUUUUAAUUCUUUAAAUAAUUGAAUUGUAAUAUCUUAUAUUCCAAAGGGAACCAUAUAAAAAUGAAGCACAGUAUGUGUUAGUUAAUAACUAAUUUUAAUGAGAUAAAUUGUGAAUAUGGCUUUUGCUUUAAGUAAAAAAAAUAUCACUACCAAAAUAAAAAGCUAAAAAAAUGCUCAAAAGUGUACAGUUGGGUGCAAGACAGUUUUUAGAGCAGGUGUGGCAGUUAAGGUGAAGGUUUGGGCAACAAAGAUCAAUCCCCUUCCAAUAUUGAACAUAAUUUUGUUUUUUAGUCGCAUCAUCAGAUUUGCACUUUGUUUGAGUUGCCUGAAGUUUCAUUUGGGCCCUUUGUAAGAUCUCUCUUUCAGUGCUUUACAACCCUUAGCCAUUUUGUUGUAUUGUUUUCCAUACUGUAGUAGUUUAGAUAUUGUAUAUUACAGAACUUGUAGUUUACCAUUUGUUCUUCCCCAUGUUGUAUAUUGCGGAACUUCAUUGUCAAAAUUUAGCAUGUUCUCUUCUAUCUUCAUUCUUUUAUUAUCUGAUUUUUAUACAUAUAAACCUUUAAAUUUAAAACAUAGGAGAAGAAAUCUGAUGCAGAGCUUAUUCAAGCUUUUGCCCUAUCUUUGUAGCGUAAUCAUGUUUGCAUGCCAGUCUGGGAAACUAAUAGCAUGCUGAUCCUUAACGAAGGAGCACUCAUCGCAGAGUUUGCAAACUCAGAGAGUUUAUGACAAAAUGCAUGUCAAAUAUGUUACAUGCUGGUGAGCUCAUGAGUUUUUGCUGUUCACUGUCAUAUAUUUAAGACUUGGCCCAGCGUUCUUGGUAUAUGAUGCAUUUCUAACUAGAAUGUACCUUGUGAGAGCAUUUACGAAGAUAUUCUGGAUAAUAAAGAGAGCUUAUUUUGAUUGGGGUUUGGUGUUGUUCUCUUGUAUGGUCAUGUUGAUGUUACAUUGUGCUAUAUUUUUGUGCAUUUUUCUUAGUUCCUCUAGAAUGGAACACUAGAUUUGAUCCUUAGAAUUCAUUUUUUUCUGAGUUGGUUGUACAAAAGGUAGAAAACAGAUAUAGUUGGCCAGUUGGAGAGUGCUUGUAAAAGUGACAAAAAAGGUUGUACAGAUGUUCAGUAGUUUGACAAAAUGAACCUUACUUUGCUGGGGAACUAGCCUAUUGAUUUAAAGAACGAUGUUCGAAGGGAUUAUGGACAAUCAUUAUACCAUUGUGCAGGCAUGUGGUAUCUCUCUGAUGAAUCUUUCUCUUUCACUUGGAGCAAUUCAUGUGGCACUUGUUCACCUGACCUAGUUGAUGUUCACAUUUGGUUAGACAGUCUGCUGUACUGCAAUCAUGGUAAACCUGAGGAGGGCCUUAAACUUUGAUUAGUUUUUGCUUUGACCUUGCACAUUGUCCUUGCACGAAGCUCAUGGGUUGCUGGUUAAAAAGAAAGGAGGAGAUGGAAAAAGAAUUUGCAUACUCUAACAAGGGAAUUCAGCAAUUCUCAUUUAUAUUCAAUUAUAUAAAAUAUUAUAUUAAGGGGGAAGAUGAACACUCCACUUUGUCUAGUAGCUAUCCCCAUUUUCUUUGUACGUGUCUUGUGGGGAAGGACAUGGUCAGGGCAUCUGUUAUCAUAGGAGCAUAUAUCUAUAAUCUCUAAAGUAACAGCUAAUAUAUUGAAGUAUGCCACAUCUUCCCAUGUUAUCAGUUUUUGCAUAGCGUGGUGAUUGGUUUCUUUGUUGUUCAUAAAGGGUAUGGAGGACUAUAUUAUUAUAAAAUUAGGCUAAUAACCUAUUUUUUUCCGACCUUUGUUUUCGCCUGUUGUGUAUAGAAAUAUCAAUUUUG